AAGUGAACCUACAAUUAGGAUCUGCCCUUGGAGGUGUGGUAAGAAACUAAUUGGUUAAUGUUUGCAAAAUGCCAGAACAUUCUUGAAUAAAAGACCUUAUAUAAGUUCAAAGUAUUUGUAAUUAUUAUGAUCAUUACUAUAAUUUGUAAGACUUAGCAAUAAAUCUCUUCAUAAUAGGGUGAAGUCAGCACUUUUAAAAAGACAAAGCAGGACAGGACUAUAUAUAAGCAUUGAUGGCCUGCCUGCCUCUGAGGACAAGAGCUAAGGGAAGACAGGACUCGAAGAGUAGGAUCAUCAGUAUGUCUGUGCUGUGGCUGCUUCUGGGCCUCCUUGCCCUUACUGACUCAUCUGAAAGUGGCAGUUUGGGAUGCUAUGGAAACAUCCGAACCCUCGAUACUCCCGGGGCAUCUUGUGGAAUUGGAAGACGCCGAGGCCUGAACUACUGUGGAGUUCGUGCUUCUGAAAGGCUGGCUGAAAUAGAUAUGCCAUACCUACUGAGAUUUCAACCCAUCAUACAUACUGUUGGCCAAAAGUACUGUGUGGAUCCUGCAGUGAUCGCUGGUGUCGUGUCCAGGGAGUCUCCUGCUGGCAACAUUCUUGUCAAUGCGGGCAAUGUGGGCGAUGGAGUCAGGGUGGUACAGGACACGGGCCAUUAUGUUCCCACACCCUGGAUCAGCGAGUCCCAGCUUUCCCAGAUGACUAAUGUCCUGACUGUUAGAAUCAAAGAAAUCCAGAAGAGAUUCCCAACCUGGACCCCUGACCAGUGCCUGAGAGGUGGACUCUGUGCCUAUGUUGGAGGUCCUGGCUACAUCAGAAGCAGCCAGGACUUGAGCUGUGACUUCUGCAAUGAUGUCCUUGCACGAGCCAAAUAUUUCAAGAGACACGGCUUCUAACACUUUAGAUCAACUCCAACGUCAUUCUCAUACAUGAGGCCUCUUCUGUUCCACAGAUAAAACUGGCCUGUGGGGCUUGUAACAGAAUCUGAGUUUGACUUGAACGUUGUCAAAAUAACAUGGAACCCAUAAAAGAAGAAUUAUUCUCUGCAUUUUGUGGUCUGAUGUAUGUGUGUAUAAGUUAAGAGUUGCAUCUCUUUAAAGAUAUUUACAUGGAGAUAGGCUGUAAUGUGAAUUUCUGUGAAAUGCAUCUUACACCUCAUUGAUUAGCACUGCCAGAUUUAGCAAAUAAAACCACAGAAAGC